GCGGGGCGAUGGUUCAUGGUGCUGGCGUGCCUGCUGAUCCUGUCUUCCUCGGGGGCGACGUACGCCUUCGGCAUCUACUCCACGGCGCUCAAGUCCUCGCUGGGCUACGACCAGCGCACGCUCAACACGCUCUCCUUCUUCAAGGACCUGGGCAGCAACGUCGGCAUCCUCUCGGGCCUCCUCAACGAGGUCGCGCCGCCCUCGGCCGUGCUCGCCGUCGGCGCCGCCAUGAACCUCGCCGGGUACCUCAUGGUCUACCUGGCCAUCGCCCGUCGCACCGCGCCCCCGCCGCUCUGGCUCAUGUGCGCCUACGUCUGCGCGGGCGCCAACUCGCAGUCCUUCGCGGGCACGGGCGCGCUCGUCACCUGCGUCAAGAGCUUCCCGGGGAGCCGCGGGGUCGUGCUCGGCCUGCUCAAGGGAUACGUCGGCCUCAGCAGCGGCAUCUUCACGCAGCUUUACCUCGCCAUCUACGGGGACGACGCCAAGUCGCUCGUCCUGCUCAUCGCCUGGCUCCCCGCCGCCGUCUCCGUCGUGUUCCUCCACACCGUCCGUGUCACGAGGCCGAGGCGUCGAGGCGGCAGCGAUGACGAAGAAGAAGGCGCCUUCUUCUGCUUCCUCUACAUCUCCAUCGCGAUCGCCACGUACAUCCUCGUCAUGAUCGUCGUGCAGAAGCAGACCAGCUUCUCGCACGCCGCAUACUCUGUUUCGGCCACGGGGCUGCUACUCAUCCUCUUUCUCCCCCUGCUCACCGUCGUCGUCCGGCAGGAGUAUAAGGAGUCUCUGAGCCUGCGCGAGGCCCCGACAGCGGCCUUGCAAUUGCAAGUGGCGAUAGCGAGCGCGGAAACAUGUUCUUCUUGUUUCGGGGGGAAUCGUCGGAAUUGCUUCAACAACAUGUUCAGCCCGCUGGCCAAGGGGGAGGACUACUCCAUCUUGCAGGCGCUGGUAAGCGUCGACAUGCUGCUGCUGUUCCUGACCACCAUCUGCGGAGUCGGCGGGACGCUGACGGCGAUCGACAACAUGGGCCAGAUCGGGCAGUCCCUGGGAUAUCCGGCCAAGAGCAUCAACACCUUCGUCUCCCUCAUCAGCAUAUGGAACUACGCCGGCAGGGUCACGGCCGGGUUCGCAUCGGAGGCAUUGUUGGCGCGGUGCAGAUUCCCGCGGCCGCUCAUGCUCACGCUGGUGCUCCUCCUUUCCUGCGCCGGCCACCUCCUCAUCGCAUUGGGCGUCCCGCGCUCGCUCUACGCGGCGUCCGUCAUCCUCGGCUUCUGCUUCGGCGCGCAGUGGCCGCUCAUCUACGCCAUCAUCUCCGAGUUGUUCGGGCUCAAGUACUACUCGACCAUCUACAACCUGGGUGCCCUGGCUAGCCCCGUCGGGGCGUACCUGCUCAACGUGCGGGUGGCGGGACAGUUGUACGACGCCGAGGCCGCGAGGCAGCACGGCGGAACCUUGCCCGGCCGCGGGGACAAGACGUGCGUGGGGGUGCGCUGCUUCAGGGACUCGUUCCUCAUCAUAACGGCCGCCACGGCGGCCGGCGCGCUCGUGUCGCUGUUGCUGGUGUGGAGGACGUGGAGCUUCUAUAAGGGUGACAUAUACGCCAAGUUUAGGAACACGCCGCCCGAGUCGCCGUCGGGUAGUGAUUUGGCGCAGGAGCAGAGGACAAAAGAGGCAGACGAUGGCAGUCAACAGCAAAAGGGCUAGUGUUGAGGGGGCUCACAACACGCACGCACAUUCACACUUGGGACGGGAAUACGGCCCGACGCCGCGUGUUAGCUCUGGCGCGCGAUACCCGCGCCGCGCUUUAGCUGUGGAGC